GAGGAGCGGCUCCGGUCCCGAUCCCGAUCCCGAUCCCGAUCCCAAUCCCGAUCCCCGGCUGCCUCCCGAGCACUGGCAGGACGAGGCCAAGGCAGGAGAGGAGAGCAAAAUGAUGCUUCAACACCCAGGCCAGGUCGCUGCCUCGGAAGUCAGUGCCACUGCCAUUGUCCCCUGUUUGUCCCCUGCCGGUUCACUAGCGUUUGAGGAUUUCACAAACCUAACACCUCUAGUCAAAGAAGAGCUGAGGUUUGCGAUCCAGAACAAGCACCUGUGUCACAGGAUGUCCUCUACGCUGGAAUCCGUCACGGUGUCUGAUAGGCCAAUCGAAAUGUCCAUCAUGAAAGCAGAGUUUGUCCCUGAAGAAGAUGAAAGGAAAAAAAGGCGGAGGGAAAGAAAUAAAAUUGCGGCGGCUAAGUGCAGGAACAAGAAGAAGGAGAAGACAGAAUGCCUGCAAAAAGAGUCAGAAAAACUGGAAAGUGUGAAUGCUGAGCUGAAAGCUCAGAUUGAGGAGCUAAAGAAUGAGAAGCAGCAUUUGAUAUACAUGCUGAACCUCCACCGGCCCACGUGCAUAGUCCGGGCACAAAAUGGAAGGACACCUGAAGACGAAAGAAACCUCUUUAUCCAACAGAUCAAAGAAGGAACAUUGCAGAGCUAAACGGCCAUGAGGAGGCAACGGGGGAGCCCUCCUAAUUUACCUUUGCACCAAAAAAAUACCUGAAGCCAUGGGAGAUCUGAAUUACUAUGCAUCUCUAGGAUCUUAUUAGUCAAGUACCAUUAGACAGGCGAGAUUACUUUGCUAAGCAAGAAGGAUCGGGUUGGCUUAGCAGGGACUUUUCCAUUCAGAAGACCCAGUUUUGUCCCGUGGGAGCAAGACUUCUGCCUCAACUCUAGGUUUUAGAAAUUGCCAUCUUUGGCUGUUCCUAGAAGUUAAAGACAGCCCCUGCCAGGGGCGUGGGUUUCUGCGAGUGUUCAGUACCUGCACGUGCUUUGAUUUAAGCAGAACACGGUUCUUGCAAUGGGACACAAGGUACAGGGAGCAGUGCCUGGACAGUGGCUUUCCUUGCGGCUGGUAGAGGAAGCAGACUACAAGUAGUGUUCCAAGUUUUGCCAUGACAGGAUUGUGCUUUCUAGCAGAAUGUGCUAAUAUGUAACGGGAAUUACCGUUGGCAAAGCCUUAUUUUCAGAACUAAGCAUUGUACUUUUUGUCACGACACUUGUGUGGAUUUUUAUAUGACUCAUCUCAGAUCUGGAUUCUGAGAGUUGCAUUUUCUUGCAGAAUGCUCAAGUAACGGAGCUUGCAUUUCCAGUCAGUUGGAGCAAUGCUCUCUCUCCUUCGCCAGGAAGUGCAGUUUUGCCCUGAAGGAAAAGACAUCUUUUUUCCUGAGCCCCAAGACGUAAUGGGCGGGGAUCUGUGGGCAGAAUUUACAAGAUAUCUACUGUAAACAGAAUCGUAGGUUAUGUUGCGAAAACAGAGCUGAAAAAAGGUCUAGCCUCUCUGAAGGGGCUAAGGUCAAUCGAUCAACCAGUGGUAUUUAUUGAGCGCUUAACUGUGUGCAGAACGCAGUAUUAAGCACUUGCGAGAGUACAGUAUAACAAUAGAAGAUCUUUUGCAAUAAACUCGUGAAAGCUUUGAGGACAGAACAGCUAAGAGAAGUCACUUUCUUUUUUAUGCUGAUGGUAACUGCAGUCAGAGAAGGCACUGUUGGGAUGCCAGAUGAAAUUUUAGGGUUUGGUGAUGUUAAGGUUUUUUGGGGUCAUUUAAAAUUUUUAAAUAUGACCCUGGAUGUUCACAACUACUAGGAGUGCUUCUGGGCCAAAGUCCUCUACAUACUUUAUGUUUAAAGUCUUACGUUUCUGUGAAAACCUUAGAUUGUUUUAUCCUAUUCAAUAUUAUCAUUACAAUUUUCUGUGAGGCAAUAUUGCUUUAUUUAUCACUAAUCUUCCUAACCAGUCAAUCUAAUAAAUAUUGAAACCAAAACCAAAUGGUAAACACAGGUGUUGUGCUGGUUUCUUUUUUUGUUUUGUUUUGGGGUUGUUGGGAUUUUGUCCUUUUUCUUUUUUUUUUUUUUUUUUUGGUGUCUAAUAUUAUAUAUCUCUAAACUCCAACUCUGCUUUCUGGGACACCACCAUGUGAAGCCGAUUGACCUCACAUCCAAAAUUCCAUACCUCAAUCAAUGGUGUCAGACUUCUCAAUGUCACAUUUACAAGCAUUGAAACAAAGCAGCCAGUAAGAAUGGAGCCACAAUACAUAAUAUUUUACACCAGUAGGGCAAUGAUAAAAUACAUUAACAGCACUCUGAAGGCUAAACCAAUAGAUACCUCAAUCACCAGCUUCUUAUUGUGCAAAUACCAAGAGUAUACCCGCUACCUUUCUAACCAAAUCCUAUUACUUUUUUUUUCUUUUAUAUUCUGCAUCAGAACCUCUUUUAAUAAAAAUGACCUUAGAGCAAAUACAUUGUAAUGUCUUACGUUGCAAAUUUGGAUUUCAUGUACCCUACGACAGUGAAUGUUCGAAUGUGGAGAAAGGGCAUCAAUUUAUAAAAAAAGAUGUGUCACUAAAUUAACUGAAAUUACAAAUAAAUUUGAAUUAGAAUGUAAUUUCCAUCAUCUCUAAAGAAUGUUUAACACUGUCUUAGUACCAAAUUCCUUGAUUUGGGCUUGUUUGUUUCAAAUGUCAGCCCGCACUCCAUAUAGACUACUAUAGCAUUUAUGAUACUCGCACUGAAAUAUUGUUCAAUGUUCACCACAUCCAUGUUAACUGUGUUCCUCCUUUAAAAUUAUUAAUUGAUUGUUUUUAACUGUAUUCUCUGUGACGCAGGCGUCAUGCUUUUGCUGCUUCAUUACUCAUAAAUGUUAUUUACAGGAUGCCAAAUGUCUGUAUGGUGCCACUACCUUUGUCAGAGAGAAUCUGUUUUUAUGGAAACUGUUGAGUUGAAUAACUCUUUUCUCCUUCCGCCCCAGUUUGUGAACGGAUGUUAGUAUUCAGAAAUUAUGGUACUGGAGUUAAUUUUUCAACUGUCCAGAAAAGCAGUGGCGAAAAGGAAAAAAAUAGACAUACGAAAUGCAGUGCAUGAGUUUAGUCAAUGUCUAUUCAGGAAAAUCGAUGAACUU